AUGGGCGAGCAUAAUCUCCUGAAUCCCGGGUUUGUGGGGCCGCUGGUGAACAUCCACACGGGAGACACGUUCUACUUCCCCAACUUCCGCGCGUCCGGGGCGCAGCUGCCAGGGCUGCCUUCGCUGUCCUACCCGCGCCGUGACAACGUGUGCUCGCUGCCCUGGCCGUCGGCGGAGCCCUGCAAUGGCUACCCGCAGCCCUAUCUCGGCAGCCCGGUGUCGCUCAACCCGCCCUUUGGCCGCACGUGCGAGCUGGCGCGCGUGGAGGACAGCAAGGGUUACUACCGCGAGCCGUGCGCUGAGGGCGGCGGGGGCCUGAAGCGUGAGGAGCGCGGGCGCGACCCGGGCCCAGGAGUCGGGCCGGGGGCGGCGCUGCUGCCGCUGGAGCCGUCGGGGCCCCCUGCGCUCGGUUUCAAGUACGACUACGCGGCGGGCGGCGGCGGCGGCGACGGGGGCGCGGGACCCCCGCACGACCCGCCCUCGUGCCAGUCACUGGAAUCCGACUCCAGUUCGUCCCUGCUCAACGAGGGCAACAAGGGCGCCGGCGCCGGCGACCCGGGCAGCUUGGUAUCGCCUUUAAACCCCGGCGGCGGGCUCUCGGCCAGCGGCGCGCCCUGGUACCCGAUCCACAGCCGCUCCCGGAAGAAGCGCAAGCCCUAUUCGAAGUUGCAGCUGGCGGAGCUGGAGGGGGAGUUUCUGGUGAACGAGUUCAUCACGCGGCAGCGCCGGAGGGAACUCUCAGACCGCUUGAAUCUUAGUGACCAGCAGGUCAAGAUCUGGUUUCAGAACCGGAGAAUGAAAAAGAAAAGACUUCUGUUGAGGGAGCAAGCUCUCUCCUUCUUUUAG